UCAAGAGGGAAGAUCUGUUUUGUGCAUAAAUAACUGAUUUCCAGAGGACAGAACCAAUGACAGAACUAUCUGCGCAUUUACCCCAGUUUCAGCAUGGGCAACUGACAGAAAACUUCCCUGAUAACCACCUCAGCAACACUGUGUUACUGACUUUUUAGCUUCAGAAUUUUCACUUUUAACAAUGUCUGAGGAAAGCGAAGAGUCUGUUCCUUUGCUUCCACUUCAGCAAGAGUCCAUGGCUUCUGCUCUGUUUAAUACUGAUCAGAAUGACAGUUGUGAGAGACAUCGCCAUGAUAAUAGUGAGCGCAGAAGAAAUGACAAUCCUGACUCUGAGACCAAUGGGCAGCCACAAAACAUUCAGCAAGUGGUGGAACAAGAAGAAGAAGAAGAUGAGGAGCUGACGCUGAAAUAUGGCGCAAAACAUGUGAUUAUGUUAUUUGUACCUGUCACACUUUGCAUGGUGGUCGUUGUUGCAACCAUCAAGUCUGUCAGCUUUUACACACGCAAGGAUGGACAGCUCAUCUACACUCCUUUCACAGAAGAGACAGAGACAGUAGGACAGAGAGCCCUGAAUUCAAUUCUCAACGCAGCUAUCAUGAUCAGUGUUAUCAUUGUCAUGACCAUACUCCUGGUUGUGCUUUACAAAUACAGGUGCUACAAGGUGAUCCAUGGCUGGCUUAUAAUUUCUUCUCUUUUGCUGCUUUUCUUUUUCUCAUUCAUCUACCUGGGUGAGGUUUUUAAGACAUAUAACGUUGCCAUGGACUACAUUACGGUGGCACUCAUGAUCUGGAACUUCGGUGUUGUGGGAAUGAUUUGUAUUCAUUGGAAGGGUCCACUCCGGCUCCAGCAGGCAUAUCUCAUUAUGAUAAGUGCUCUCAUGGCUUUGGUGUUCAUUAAGUACCUUCCUGAAUGGACUGCAUGGCUUAUCCUGGCUGUCAUUUCAGUGUAUGACUUGGUUGCUGUCCUAUGUCCUAAAGGUCCUCUUCGCAUGCUAGUUGAAACGGCUCAAGAGAGAAAUGAAACUCUCUUCCCAGCACUUAUUUACUCCUCAACAAUGAUAUGGUUGGUUAACAUGGCUGAGGAAGAUCCAGAAGCCCAACGGAAAGCUUCCAAAAAUGCUACUUACGAUAAACAAGCUCCGGCAAACCAGACUCGGAAUGAAGAUGCUGAAGCAGAUGAUGGUGGAUUUAGUCAGGAAUGGCAGCAACAAAGGGACAAUAGAAUAGGACCCAUUGAAUCAACACCUGAAUCUCGUGCUGCUGUUCAGGCUCUACCCAGUAACUCUCAAACAAGUGAAGACCCUGAAGAACGAGGAGUAAAGCUAGGUUUAGGAGACUUCAUUUUCUACAGUGUUCUUGUCGGCAAAGCCUCCGCAACAGCAAGCGGGGAUUGGAAUACAACUUUAGCCUGUUUUGUAGCCAUAUUAAUUGGUCUGUGCCUUACACUUCUGCUUCUUGCCAUCUUUAAGAAGGCCUUACCAGCUCUUCCAAUCUCCAUAACCUUUGGGCUUGUUUUUUACUUUGCUACAGAUAACUUGGUGCAGCCCUUUAUGGACCAGCUAGCAUUCCAUCAGUUUUAUAUCUAGCACAUUUGAUGCUGGUAUGGAUAUUUGUAGCAAAUCUUCAGGAGGAAAAAUGUUUUUCCUUCAGUUCUCAAGUGAGACUGAAGUUUAAUACUCAAGAUUCCAAGCCUGAAUCAUUACAACUUCCUCCAGUGGCGUGGGUUUUUGUUGGUUUGGUUGUUAUUUUUCCUGAGACGACUGCUGCACUGAGCACCAUAAGAGCUUUUUCUGUGUGAAAAUGACUUCUUCCUGAUAGCCGGUCUAAACCGGGUGCUAUUAUAUCAGAAGUAAUCUGAUACAUGUAUUUAUCUCUGGUGAGGACCACCGCUGUGAGAGUUGCUAAUGCUUCCACCAGCAAUGUGAUCUCUUACCACAGGUUGAUUAUUUUCACAGCAUUAAGGGUGCUCAGGACUUCCUUGAUGUUAACAGAGGAAGCUGACAAAUCACAAGGAACUUGUCCCUGUAACUGCUUAAAGAGAAAAAAAAAAACCAAUUCAGACUUCUUCGGCAGAGAUUUUUUGACAGUGGAGUCUUUGUGUAAUGAGAAGAUACUUUGCAGCAAUUUGACAAAGGUAGAAGGGACUGUCAUUCUAAGAGUGUUCCACCACUUCAUAGCCUCUGUGCCUGAGCAUGCUUUGUUCAUUAAAUAUAAAAGCUUUUUUUUUCCCACACUGGAACGAGACCCUCUUCUCAGUUUUAAUACUUUGAAUCCUCAAGCAUGGAGUGCACGUUCUGUACACGUGCUCCAGUUUAUGUAGCUACUUAGACUUGGACUGAAUUAUUUGGCAUUAGUAGUUCAUAAGGUCCUAAUUUGGAUCUUAGGUUCUAGAAGGUCAAUAAACUACAUUAAAAAGCAAUUUCAGGACCUACUCUCUGUGCUCUUGCAGAUCAUUUUACUAGAACACUAUUUCAAACCCUGUGUUUGAGAAUGGUCACUAACAGCAUGGACUGCAUUGUUGGUAUAUGUUCCUUCUAUUGAAAUUCUUGUAAGUACACAUCUGCAGCAAUCCCAGAUGGAGUUUAGCUCGCCGGAUCUAGAGGCCAAAGUGCUAUUAGUAGCACUUCUAAUGCUUCAUUUAAAUUUUUCCUUGUCAAAAAUGUGGUUUACAGUUCAGUUGACCUGAAAUAUUGGUCAGUCAACCCUCUAGCACCUCAGGCUGGGCAGGGUUGGUUUUCUGGUUGGUUUUUUGUUUUCAUGCAGUAUCUUUAUUGGUGAGGAUACUUAAGUUGAGACGUUAAUUAGUGUUACUGAUAAGCGAAAUUUGUGACCACCUUCACUUUACUUACCUUUCCUGUGAGGAACCUGGAAAAAUGAAAUACAACUCAGUCACUGAAAAGAAGACAGAAGAUUUUGAACUUCUUAUGAGAAAAAGAAUUGAUUCAAACCUUAAAACUACUAAACUCUGUUUUCUUCUUCAUUUGAAAGAAAUAAUUUCUAAAUAAUUGCUUGGAAAUGAGUCUUGUGCAAGAUAAAGUUGAUUUUGCCGUAGGCUCUUACUCUGUACAAGUAAUUUAUUUUCUGAGGGAAGCAUAGGGAGUGGGUACUGUUGAUGGGCAUUCCAUUUUACUUUCAUCUUGAUACUGGAGUCCCUGCCAAGUAGAAAAACUGUCAAAAUCCUGACAAGUUCCUGUUACCUUUUUUUAGGACUUUGUUUCAGUGCCUGUAGAUUCAAAGGACUGAGACACCACAGAUGCUCACCAACCAUUGCCCAAAUAAGGGAAGAAAGGCUAUGAUGUAAUAAUUUGCUUUAAAACCAGGAGAGGUUUACUUUGAUUGUCCUUGGAAACAUCUGUCUCUUCUAGUAUGACUUGCUAACUACAGUGUUAGCAUCUGCGUUCUCAUAAAAUAUAUUGCCUUGUCUCCUCUAAAGUACUUUCAUUCAUUAUCACUUUGUUUAUUUCACCCAUGAGAUAAAUAAAUAAAUUUCAUUUUAGUCAACAUGCCUUCAGGAAGGGCAAGUCAUGCCUGACAAAUCUGAUGGCCUUCUAUGAUGGGCCUACAGGACUGGUGGAUAAGGGGAGGACAAUUGACAUCAUCUACCUUGACUUUUACAAGGUAUUUGACACUGUCCCACAUGGCAUCCUUGCCUAAAUUAGAGACAUGGGUUUGACCUGAUGGAUAAGGAAUUGGCUUGAUGGUCACACUCGGAGAGGUGUGGUCAAUGGCUGGAUGUCAAAGUGGAGAUCAGUUGAUGAGUGGCAUUCCUCAGGGGUUGGCAUUGGGACCCUGGGGUUGGAAGUACUCUUUAAGGUUCAUUCCAACACAAACCAUUCUGUUGUUCUAUGAUCUCAUUUGUGUGCUGAUUUGUUAUGGGUAGCAUUAUUAAAACAACCAUAUCAAAAUUGCUUACACUGACUUUUCAAGUCAGACUUGCUUGUGUUUUCUAGCUUAAAUCACUGUUCUGUUUUUGAAGCCUGACCCUAAAACAAGUUGUCUGUUUUGUUUUCUGUUUUUUUUACAAGACUUUUACAUGGUUUUAUACUAUUGUAACUUGUCCCUUUCCUGAGCAUUAUAUCUAAGAAAAUUCUCUUGUGUGUUUUAUUUGGCAUCCUAACUAUUGUUUUGUUGUGUAGAACAGGCUUGCUAAGAGUUGGCAUCACUAGCAUCAGUUUGCCUAUCUGAGCCGACUCUCAGUCAAGGGUUGUUACUUAAAUGCCCCAGUUAUCUUUAUUAUUUGGGGUUUUGGCUUAAAUAUGCACCACGGGAGCACUAUCUCUAUGAAGAGUUGCUUUAGAAUCUAUAGAAAUGCACAAAAGCCUUUCCAUAUACUUGAAUGGGUGUUAGAUGUACAACCCAAGGAAGAGCUCAGAAUCUUCAAACGCUAAAUUGCCUAUAUUCUGCCCCCCAGCACUGCAUCUGCUAUCCUGAAGUUCUAAUUUCUGAGCUAGUGUGGACUUACAGUGGUGGAGGCUGUAAAAUUUAUAUUCACAGAAACUGUUCAAGUUUAUGUAUUUGAAUGUCAAAUUCAGAAGGGAAACUGCUUUUCCAGCCCAGACCAAUGUAUGUUAAAAUAAACUGCUUAUUACCAAGUCUUACGUACACUUUCAGAAACCAGAUGAAAUUUUCUAGAUUUGCCCUGUUAUACCAAGUCAUGGUAGCUUAUGUUCCAAAUGAGAUCUUGCAACCAAAGAUUAUCUCAGUACUUGGGUCCAUGAUGUUCAGCUGAGAAUAGUCUUUGUUUGCUUGUGGGUUGUAAGCUACAUAAGCGUGAAGGUUGUGUCACUUUCCUCUCCUUUGUCUUAAAACACCAGUCUGAGAUUGUGAACCAUUUCAGCUUGGCUAGCUUGGUAUAACUGAAGGACUUCAAUGUGUAGUCUGCAUUUUUGUGAGUUUUUGUUAUUAUUAAAUUAGUAUGUUAAUGACAGCACAUUAGACUGUAGCUCUGAAAGAACUAUUGUGUAACCCUAGUAGCUAAAUUAAUCUCUUUUGUGCCCAGGCAGACUGACUGGUAGCUGGUGUGUGACUGUUCCAGUGUUCAUACUUUGAAACUGGGUGUCAUGAUAGCUUUCUCUUCCCUUUCAGCUUACAUCAGUGAUUAGUCUCCUUUGGCUAAGCUUCAGAUAAAUAAAUGAGGAAAAAAUAAUACUGAGUUACAUACUUGCCUAAAACCUGGCCACUUUCAUUUCUCCUGUUUUUUUCCUGUUGGGGGAUUUAAUCCAGAGCAAAAAAGAGAGAACCCUGGAAGCUGGUCUUCAUAGAAAUUUGUAUGAUGCUGUCGUAUCUACAUAUGGCAUAUACAUAUGGUAUAGUGCUAUCUGUGGUGGCACUCAAAUUCAAAUGUCAUCUGUGUGAGGUGAGAUUUGCAGGUAUGCAUGUGAUAUUGCAACACAUACAGAAUAGUUCUGACUGGGCAGAUGAUGACUUCUUUGAGCCAAAUAACCAAGGGCUGUGCUCCACUAAAAAUGUACAAAGCAAACCGUAACUAUUUCAGGCAUAGGAGACUGGUGCUUCUUGGAUAUAUAGAUAUGUAUCUGUACCUGUAGCCAUGUAGAUAUAUAUGUAUUCUGGGCCUGUAAAUGAGAAAUGUUCUGCCGUUAGUGCAGUCAAGAGUUAAAUUUGCAGAAGUACAUUUUGGGUGGACGGUACUGUAUGACAAAACUUCUCAAAAUGCUUUAUUUAAAAAGACAUUACUUUUGGCAAUGAUGCUGUUGAAAUGAGUUUAAUAGACUGUGGAACAUGUCUGCACUGUGAUUGCAUCUCGGUGGUAACUUGGUCAUUGGGAACGCUGAAACAUGAACUAGAAUGGAAUUCUACACUUGCUGUUUUCUUUUUUACGAACACUGGUUUGUACAUAACCUGAAUUGAAUGUGAAUGUUUUUUAAACACCUUUCGUGUUCUUGAUAAGUUUUUGAUAGAUUAUUGCAAAUUUUACUGUGUUUGUCUUAAUUAUUAAAAUAAAAGUUGCAUGGAUCCUGA